ACAAACUAGAUUUGUAACAACAACCGCUUUUCAAAAUUGCAUAAACUUUAAAAUCUCUUUAUCACAUUUUACAUAAUGUUGGAUACUUGUCUGGAACCAUCUGGUGCACAUAGCUCAAAAGAUGGCCAGCCAAGAAAAGGAAAGACAAAACAAGCCCAAACUGGAGCUGGAAAUAAAGCAGUUUCGAAAAAAGUGAAAAAGAAGUCAUCAGAUUCAAACUUACGACCAAUCAUCAUUGGAUUGGCUGUAGUUACUUUGGUUGGUGGAGCUGCAGGAAUAGCUGUCUUUCUUUUGCAAGAUAGAACCACAGCUUGCGAUGAUGCAGAAGCCAACAAUGAUCCAGUUGCUAUUGGUGAAUGUACACUUCUGAAAUGCAAGUUCGAUAUAAGCACAUGCACACUGCCAUGUCCGUUUGGAUACACCUCGAAAAGUGAUGAUGAUGUAUGUCCACUGAGUUGUACGUGUGCUUCCAAAGGAAAUUUUGAGGGGGAUGUUCAUUUUGUUGGGGAAGAUUUGCCUCAUUUGCUGGAUACAUACGGUUACAUUGACAAAGAUGAUGAAGAAUUUUCACUGUUUGUUGGCAGUUUUCUUAAGUAUCUUGGUCAGGUUUUCUGGACGAAGAAGGCGUUACCAUCUGGUCGCAUUCCUGUUGGAUAUAAACUAGACACCUUCUUAUCGACGCAUGCAAGGGCAAAAAAGGCAAUAGACGAGGCAGUGAAGAUGUACCGAGAUAAUUCUUGUAUUGAUAUUGAGCCUUAUGAUCAAGCCAAACAUGGGGCUCAUUUUGUUAAUAUCAAAAACCAAGCUGGCUGUUCUUCUUCCAUCGGGUAUGUACCACCGCCGACAGAACAACACAUGAGUUUGGUAGUUGGUUGUCAUUAUGCUGGUAUUGUUGCGCACGAGUUUCUACAUACAUUGGGAUUUUUGCAUGAGCAAUCUCGACCAGAUCGAGACAAUUUUGUAAAAAUUCAUUUUGACAAUAUGAUUUCUAAUAGGGCGCAUAAUUUUAAGAAAUUAAAACUCGAUACUGUUUUUGAUCUGAAAUCGGAAUAUGAUCGUGGUUCAGUCAUGCAUUAUGGUGGGACAUCCUUCUCCAAAAAUAGAAAACCUACAAUCACUUCUGUAGCAGAUGGUAAACCUGUCGUUGGACAAAGGAGAAAAAUGUCAGACAAAGACCUGAAUGAGCUGAAUAGAAAAUUAUGCCCGGAUUAUCAACGUUCAACCACCCCCGCUGCUACAACCACAAGAACACCAGCUCCCACAAAUCCACCACGUACUACCACACAGCCUGUAUAUACAAGGGCAACCACAAGACAACCAUACACCACACGAGGACCAACAACAACAAGACAACCAUUUAGGACCACAACACUAUCUACGACAAGACGACUCUGGCCACGAACCACAACCCUACAAACAACCACAAAAGGACACACAGUUGCACCAAGCACUGAUGAAGGUUAUAGCCAGUGGACAAAGUGGUAUGGCUGUACUGCCACCUGUGGUCCUUCGUCCCAGAAAGUUCGAGCCAAGUGGUGUCAUGAUAGAUCCAAAGGGUGUCGUAAUCCAAAAUUCGAGCGAAAAAGCUGUGAUCGGAAGCCGUGUGUAACUGGGGGGAAUCAUUGGAGUCAAUGGGGUGACUAUAAAAGUUGUACUACUACUUGUGGAAUUGGAGUCUCUUUAAGGUUGUUUAUCCUAUUUAUAGCUUUUAUUAUGCAUGUGGUUUAUAACUAUAAGGGAAUGAACCUUUAUCACAUUUAUAGUUAUUGUCUGUCUGGAUUUAGUUGUUUUACAUUAAUUUAUUUUUAUUUGUUAAUUUCUGCACUACAUGUUUGUUUCAGAUACCGAUUUUGCCCAGAUAGCCUUUGUGUUGGGCUUGGGCUACAAGCCAAGAUAUGUUACUUAGAGAAGUGUCCUGGUGGGACUCAGUUUACUCAAAUUGCUUGGGGAACAUGGACAAGUUGGUCCCGGUGCUCGGCCACAUGUAAUGGUGGUAGUCAAAUGCGAGUCAGAUAUUGCAGGAAGGGAAGCUUGUUUACGUCUGGUUGUCCUGGCAAUAGCAUAGUGUUCAAUCCCUGUAAUGCAUUUAAAUGUAACUCUGCUUGGGGGGGAAACCCACCUGCACCGAUGUUCAUGCAGCAAAGCACAAGUGUUGCUCAUCUUUGCUCUGGAGCAAAUUCCGAUGUUGCUUUCAUCUUUGGAGAUUUUAACGGAGAUAGAAACGUGGAUGUGAUGUGUGGAAAUCAAGAUGGUGAUUUUGAGAUUGGUUUGGCGACCUCUAAUGGAGAUAUAAACACAGCAACAUGGAGAGGACGAUUGGACGGUUGUGUCGUACAAUCGGGUCAAAUUGCUGUCGGUGAUUUUAACGGAGAUGCGAUGUCUGAUGUUGUGUGUGUCGACCACAUAAAAAAGAGAACCACAGUUCGUUUAUCAAACAACGGACAAUUUCCAACUGGAGAAGGUUACUCUGGUUCAUUCUGUACCGAUGAUUCUGAUUGGUUGAUUCCACUCGAUAUAGACGGUGACAACAAAUGGGAUCUCAUGUGUAGUCAUAGCAACCGUGAAAACGAGUUACUUCUUAACAGAUUUAAUUCAUGAUAUGUUACAGAAACCAGUUUAACAUCUAGGUCAGCAGUUUAAUUCGGUUUGAAGUCCAAACAUUUUCUCCAAUAUUUUAACAGUAAGCUGACGUACUAAGAUUUAGUGAAGAAAAACAUUAUUUUUAAGGUUCAAAAAAAUGUUACUGACUUUGGCUCUUGGUGAUAAGAUGUUUAAAAGACAAUAUAGCUGUUUAAAUAUAUAACGUUUUUCUUUCA